UAUUCCCAGGAGAAAUCAUGGAUGAAAAGCUGUCUUACAAAGAAUUUCUCGAUCGCAAUGACUCCUGGACGAUGGAUGACAGAGACCUGUGCUUUGAGUCACAGCCCGUGUUCAAACCCAUGGAGAUGGCUGACCCCUUCAGCAUGCACAGAGGGGAGAAUCUGCCUGAUUUAUCAUUUCCUACUGACAUGAAGAAUGUGCCGCUGUUCACAGACCAUGUUGAUGCUUCCAGAGACAUCCAUGCACCACAUGGACCUAUGAUGGUACCUGAACAACCUUUCUUGGGGCCCCUGUAUUCUCCUGCAGAGGCUCUAGACCCCUCAGCCUUCAUUGGCCUGGAUUCAACUACAGAAUUUCUGCAAGACAAAGCAGCGCCUGAAGAACAUUGGAUGGGAGCUCAGCAUGAUGUGAAGGGACCAGAUGCCUCUUUCUUUGUUGAGCCACCAGUGCCCCCCACAGUGACUGAAGCAAUAAAGCCGAAUUUGCCGGAAAGCCCCGCAGCAGUGGCUCCCAAUUUCCUUCCUACUGCAGUACCGGCAUCCCCAGGAAAAGCUGAAGCUACUGAUGGACCAAAAGGAGCAGCAUCAGCAGAUGCAGUGUGUGUUCCUGCCUCGGAUGUCAUGUUCGUUUCUGCAGAAAAAGCUGGGUCCUUUCUUGCAGGAGACACCAAGCCUCCUCAAGCUCUGGAUGCUGGAUUUGCACCUCCAGCAGAAGCCAGCCCUCUUCAGGCUAUGGAUGUUGGAUUAGCUCCUGCACCAGAAGCCAAGCCUCCUAAUGCUGUCAAUGAUGCAUCUGCCUCAGUGGCAGAUACUGGCUUCACCCCAGCAACAGGUGCUACGUCCCAUUAUGCUACAGAUCUGGAGUUUGCCCCAGCAGAAGAUGCAGGGUUUGCCCCAGCAGCACAUGCAGAAUCUCACUAUGCUAUGGAUUUGGCAUUUGCCCCCGCAACAGAUGUGGAAUCUCACCAUGCUAUGGAUUUGGCAUUUGCCCCAGCAGCAGAUACUAAAUCUCAUCAUGCUAUGGAUUCUGAGUUUGCACCAGCAGCAGAUGCAGAGUUUGCCCCUGCAGCAGAAGUCAACCAUCAUCAUGCUAUGGAUUCUGGGUUUGCUCCUGUACCAGAAGCUAAGCCUCUUCCUGCCAUGGAUUCUGGGUUUGCCUCUGCAGAAGCUAAGUCUGUCUCUGUAGCUGACACCAAGGUUGCUGCAUCUGAAGAGCUGAUGACAUCUGAGUCUUCUCUUGAGCAAGACAAGUCACCCAUCAACAAGCCUCCUGCAGAAGCAAUUGCAAAUGUGGAACAAGAAUCGAAAGUCUCGGAAGGUUGUGUUGAUCUUUUAGAGAAAGCUAAAGACAGCAGAGCACCUCCCAGCCACCAUGAAGAGCAUCUUCCAGGACAGACAAACCAUCUUUCAGAACCAGCAGUUCCAGUAGAAGCAAAAGAAGCUGUUGCACUAGAAAAUAAAGACCUCCUUCCAGAAAAAUCUGUUACUACUGUGGAUGUUACUGUUACAGAGAAACAAAAGGGGGAGGCUGAACACAACCAUGUCCAACAUGCAGAACCUCAGCAAGAAAAAACCCUGCAAGAGCCCACAGGUCUACCUACUGCACAAAUAAGGCAAGCUAACAAAUCAAGUGAACGCAGGUUUGGCAGAGCAAAACCUGCACCAGUGCCUAUUACAGAUGUACCAGAGGAACGUCUAAUAGGUCUCCCACAACAGAAGAGUACUGACCCAAAAGUAGACCCCUAUUCUGUAGUGGAACUUGGAUGUAUUGCUGGAACAUCCCCUCACACUAGGGCUUCACAUAAAAAGGCAACUGAGCAGCCAUCCAGUGUGCUGUCGGAGUUUGUGGAGAGCUGCAGAGAUGUACCAAGGGAGAGCUGGGAUUUGGAAGGUUCUCUGGCCAUUGUGAAGAAAAAGAAAAAGAAACCAAAACAAAAGAGAAACCAGCUGCCAAGAACAAUGGAGUUCUGGGAUGAAAAUGUAACAGUCUCAAAAGCUCCUAGAAAUUCUCCAUUUGCUGUUGAAUUGCAAAAACCAGAUGUCUGUCCUGUAGUGCCUGCUGAAGCUCGCAAAGAGCAGUCAGGAAGCAGAGUUUCAGAUAUGCCAAAGAAUGUUAAAAUGAUACCUGGAGGUCAUAUCCUGGAUGAGCAAAAUGCCUUCUCAGUGCCAGCACCGGGACAGCAGGUCCAAAAACCCAGCGUGCCAUUAGAAUCUGCGUUGGAUGCAAAAAAUGGGGACGUCAUGAAACCAGAAGAAGUGAGAGACGACAGUUUGAUGUUGCAAUGUAAAGGCAAAAGAAAAGAGGUUCCCUUGCAGCAGGUAGGCGAGACUAAGGUGGGGGAAUCUGUUACAGCAAAGGUGCCAACCAAGCCUAUCGAAAGAGAUUUUCUUCAUAAAAAUGAAAAGAGGGAGUACAAGGAGUCAAAAUGUGCUGACCUGACGCCAUCUCUUUCAGAAGCAAUCAAUCUAAGCAAAGUAGAAAAUCCGUUAGAGACCAAACCUUCAGAAUUGCUCCUUUCUGAUAAAGAUAAGGAGGCUAAAUGCACAUCUCCCAGGCUUGAAGCAUUCAGUGACACUGUCCACCCACUGGUGGCAGACAAACCUAGAAAGAGGUGUAGUGAUGGGAAAAGAAAAAAACCUGAAAAAAGCUCUUUGGGGCAGGCAGCUGUCCUGGAUGCUGGGGUGGAAACAAGCAAUCUUCCAAGCAAAGAGAAGGUGGCUGGAAGCACAAAAGAAAUGACCUUUGAUAAAGAUAAGGUGUCUGGUUUUGAAAGAGAGCUUUUGCUGGAGAAUCUGACAGGUAUAACCAAAGAGAUGCUGGAAAAGCCUGAAAUACAAGGUGGGAAUAGAAGAAAUUUCUCUAAUCAGCCAGUUCUUUCAGGUCAUAAAAUAGAGACAGCAGAGCCAGAAAUAGUCAACACUAAAGAAACUUGGCCCAUGAAUAAAGGUAAGGAGCUAGAUACAUCUGAGCCUCUCCUGGCGUGCAGGACAGAUGCAGCUGUGGCACACAGUCCCACUAGGGAACUGGUGAUGGACAAGACUAAGGAAAAAAGUAGAGAUGUGAAAGGCAAAAAGGCUGAAAAUAGUCUUGAGCACUCUGUUGCACUAGGUGCAGGUAACAUCCCUGCAGUAGGUGAAGAGGUGGGAAAUACUAAACAAACUCAGUCUUUUGAUGAAGGCAAAGAGACUAAUUCCAGUACUUUAGCAAGUCUGCUAGGUGACCUCACUGAUACUACUAAAGUACAAGCUCCUGCUAUACCUCUGGAGCCAGAAAAAUCACACACAAGUAAUAAAGAGAAGUGCAAAAAGGUGGAGGCUAACUUUCAGCGGCCAUGUCUUCUGGAGCAUAAAGCAGGUGCAGAGAUGUUUCCUCCUCAUAACAUGGAGAUAACUGAUAAAUCUGAAGCAGAAAGUCCCACUCCUUGCAGCGUGGGGGCUGGACUUCCUAUCCUAGAGCAUCCAGCAGUGGCAGAUCACACUUUGGCCACAGUUACUGAUAGAUCUAAAAAGAGGGGUUAUGAUGGAAGUAGUAAAAAGACUAAAAAUGCCUCUGAGCAGCCUGUUUUUCUAGAGCCAAAACCAAACAGGAGACAAGUACAGCCUCCCAUAGGAUCUGAGAUGGAAUAUGGAAUGGAAGACAUGGUAGAUGAAAACAGAAAUAUUAAAAACUUUCCCAUUGGCCCUCAAAUGCUUAGGAAUAAUAAAGGAAGCGACUUUGAAUCCUUUGCUCAGUCUACAGUAACUGGCCCUGGUAGCACUGGCAAUGUUUCUUCUGGCUUCCCAAAGCAGACAGGUGAGGGUGCGAGAAGUAAGGGGCUUCCUCCUCCUGAAGCUCUAGCAGAGAACAGCAGCAAAGAGCCUGGAUCUGGUGCAAAGAAGGAGAUACAGACGCAGAAAUCUUGCGAGCAACCGAUCAAUCUGGGACACAAUGAGCCUGGAAAAGAGGUUUUGAAGAAAGAUGGUAAAACCAAAGAGGCUGGUUCCCAGGAUGGGAGUGAGGCAGGUAAACCGCUUUCUUCAGAUCAUUCAAUUAAACAGGCCAUUAAAUCAAAAAAGGAUGAAGUUCACCUUUCUCCUGCAGCAAAGGGGGAUGAUAAAGAAGUAAGAACCACUGAUAAAAAGCACAACACUGAUAGCACUUCCUCAGACCUUCCUCAGAAGGUGGCAGAUUCAAAAAAUAGACCAGCUCCUGUAGGUGCCAAAGGGACAGAGAAACUAGAAGCAACCAUCUCUUCUGGAGAGGACACUGGGUGCGUUUCCCCAGAACUUGCAGCGAUACCAGAGAGCAAAGCAGAAGCAGCCGUGUCGCAGGCUGUGGCAGAAGCAUUGAUGGAGAAUAAAGCUGAAGAGGCUGAGUUGGCUGGAGGCAAGAAGAGUGAGCAGAGCAAGUAUCCGGGCAGUUUGGACAAUAAAACGGUUGAAGCAGAGGCUUCUGCCAACCUGACAGCUGCCCAAACAACCAAAAUAAGUCCUAAAGAUAACAAUAAAGGUCAUUCUCAGCCUGCAGAAGAGGAUGCUGCUCACAGUGGGGAAGCUCACCUGAAGGAUGCCCCGGCAUUGAAGUCUGAAGUAGAUAAACCUGAAGACGCAACUAAAAAAGAGGAGGAAUCUCUUCAGGAAGGGGCCAUCUUCACGUAUGUCUAUUAUAGUGAUGCUCCAGUACUUAAUGCUGUGGGCUUCGGUGCUGGCAGGGUAAAGAGCUUACUGCAUAACCGCAUUGUGGCCUAG